UUCAUUAACGCUUGAUUAGAUUAGUGUCGGUAAAAAUCUUACUUAAGUGUUUAUUUAAGUAGUAAUUUCUAUGCAAAAUGAGUGAAGUUACAGUUUUAUACGAAGGAUAUUCCAAAAUGACCGGCAAAGAUCAAAUGACAGCCAACUGUAGCUGCACUUUAAUCACAGGCCCACACAAUGUUAUUGUUGAUACCAUGACCGCUUGGGACACUCAGAAAAUUACUACUGCCCUGCAGAAACACAAUGUGUCCCCGGAUGAUAUAAACUAUGUAGUGAGCACACAUGGUCACUCGGAUCACAUAGGAAAUAACAAUUUGUUCCUGAAUGCAAAACACAUAGUUGGCUUCAGUGUGUCUUUCAGAGAACAGUACUACAUGCAUCCAUUUGAUAAAGGGGUAGAGUAUACUAUAAAUGAUAGUGUUAAAGUUGUUCCAACCCCUGGGCAUACAUUGUCAUGUGUCACAGUGCUUGUCACAACUGCAGAGGGAAGAGUUAUAGCAAUGUGUGGUGACCUGUUUGAAAAUUAUGAAGACAUAGAUAAUCCAAAUGUUUGGCUGGAAGCUGGCAGCGAUGAUCCUGUGCAGCAAAUGAAGAACAGGCUCAAAGUUGUUGAGGUUGCAAAUUGGAUAAUUCCAGGACAUGGGGCAAAGUUUCAUGUCACUGAGCAAAUUAGGAACUCUUUGCGGAAACAGGCAGGUAAUGCACCAGUGUAGUUAGUCUUACGCUUUCAGUCAGUCUCGGUACAAAUUUAUUGACUGAAGUAGCAUGACAAAUACGAACGUUUCUGGGAAAAUAUGAUGAAAAACAAUUAUGCACUACAUCUGUAUAUACAUAACAUAAGUUUUUUAGUUUAUGUUGUAACCAAUAUUUGGAGAGUUUAUGGCAAGGGUAGAAACCCCUCACAUUCUAAGACAUUUGUAGUAUUGUAAAUAAACAAAUUUGAAAAAAAAAAAUCACGACAAUAAAUAAAACGAACCAAUCUCAAGUCACAUUUUAUUACACCUAUAAAUAUGUUAAAGGAGUGAAAUACCUUUAUACCCUUUAGCUGACAUAUAAUGCAUUAAGGUUCAUUUUAUACUGUCACAAAUAUGUGACAGUGAUAGGGUUAAUUUCACAUAACUUAAUAUGACAAAGAAACAAUGGGGUCAAAAACUGACAAUAGCUCAUUACAAAGAGCGCGUGGUAUGUGCAUAUACUACCUUCUUAAAUCCAUACACAAGAAAUUUGUUUUUAAAUUUGUAUCCUUACAUUUGAACCCAAGGAAGCUGUUAGAUAGGUCCUAUUCAAUAACAGCACAAUUCGUGUUGAGCUUUGCAUGUUCGACCUCAUUUGGUGGGUGUAACACUGGAUAACCGGCACCGGGGAACAUAAUAAAUAAUAAUAAUUUGCCAAUUUACCAAGUUGCAAAAACUGCACUUGCUGUCAAUAUGUGACACAAAAUGAAGAGAGUUGAUUAUACCAGGGCUCUCCAAACCCCGGACCGCGAAGCGUUCCAAUCCGGCCCGCCGACAGCGGUCCAAUGUGGCCCGCGGGAGCUAGGCUCCAGGUGUUCAGCCCUAACAGCAGCAACCAGAUACAAUCUCCCCCCUCGCUUCGCGCCGACUGGCCUGCGCGAAUAUUCCGAGGCGCAAUAUGGCCCUCAGGUAUAAAAGUUUGGAAACCCCUGGUUUAUACGAUUGUUUGUGCAACUGGGUAAAGUAGCAUUUGCAUAAUAAUAUGACAUUCAUAAUUUACAGACAGCUUUAAAUGCCUUAAUUACGAGAAAGUAUUUUUUAAUACCUAAUAACCGAAAUGCACACUAGCAAGCAACCAUUGGGAAGCAAAACACAAUAAGUAUUUAAAGUGUAUAUAAAGAAUAAAUUAUAUAUUUAAAAAUGGUUUUUCAAACCUUAACGAGAAGUUUAUAAAGUAUAAAUUAUUUACAUCAUAGUUACGUGAAUCGCUAGGAGAAUCGAAAAAUACAGGAAAUAGUUACAUUAAUGGUCAAAAACUAUGUCCUUAAACCAAUAACAAAAAUAAA